AUGAAGCCAUGUUCUUCACUGACCAAGGAGCAGGACGUCAAGAGUACAACGAAAACAAGCUACAAUGAAGGCUGCGCUCACUUCAACAUCAACCGAAUUUGCGAGUACUUGGAGAGCAGCCGCUCCACGCUGGACGAGUGCGUUCCCGUGAUCACGUGCCACGACCUGGUCAACUCCACCCUGCGCGUGCACCGCGUGGGCGAUAGCGGAUUGCAAAAUGGCGGAGGGUUCCGGCUCCCAAAUGGCCGUCUUCCGGCGCUUUGGAAUUCCAGUUCGGAUGAAGAAGCCGCCUUACCUCAUGCAUAA